AUGCUGACUCCCUCUCUAUCCAGAGAUAUAAUCUCCAACAUCCUCUACUCCGUCACCAACAAGCAACAAGAAGAACCCCAUGACGACCACGAACAGGUUCUCAUUAUCAAAUCAAACACCUCCCUCGCCUCCCUGGCCGCCACCUCACGCGCUUGGCAAACCGUAAUCGAACCGCUCACCUUCCGAUCCAUCACGCUCUCCCAACACGACCUCGCCGACGCGGCGCGCAUUAUCACGCCCGCCCGCCAGCCGCUUGUCCGCUCACUAACCUUCAACAUCCAGCUAGACCCCUACGACGAUGCCCGCCGCCGCGUCGCCGAGACGCCCGCCGAGCACCGCCGCAACAGCGAGGUGUUCACCGCGGCCGUGCGCGGCCUGUUUGGGCUGCUCCGCGGCUGGGAGGUCGAGCAGCAGCAGCAGCAGCAGCAGCCCGGGCGCAGGCGGAGGCGGCGCCCCAGGGAUGAGGCGCUUGAUUUGCAUUUGCACGUGUGGUCGCCCAGCGAUGUGGAUCGGCUUGCGCCGGAGGAGUCGGAGCGGUUGGUGCGGAGGCUGCGGCCGGUGUCGCCGCUGCGGAGGUAUGAGAGGUCGGUGAUUCAGUAUUUGCAGGAGAAGGAGGUGGUGGAUCUUACGGAGCUGGAGGAUGUGGGUGAGCUGAGUAUUCAGCGAUUUGGGUAUCGCGGGAGGGAAAUGCCGCGCGCCGUGGAUGUGGACUCGGCGGCGCUGAUUGUGGCCAGGUGCACUAAGCUGACCAAGCUGAAUCUGAGCGUGAUGGAUUGGCCACGGGGCGUGUUGGAGGAGCGGAAGCGCCGGCGCAGGGCGCUGGCUGCCAUGAUCGACCGGCUGCCAAUGCGGCUGCGGGAGCUGUCUCUUGCGUAUUCUGCCUCGCCGCCGCGUGAUCACAAUUGUGACCCGCCAAACCUACUCGACCCCGGCGAGACAGAGGACGCCCUCAGUCUCAGCCUGCGGCGGUUCUAUCGACGGUGGAGCACCCGGGUGCUUGAUGUUGGCAAUACCAUCCUCGGCCAAGAGUUCUUCUGGCGGGAAGGCGACGAGAACGGGAAUAAGGACGGGGAAGAGAAAUAUGAGGAAUAUAACGACUCGGAUGUGGAGAGUUGGGUGGACGAAUUCGAGUUUGACAGAUGGCCCUGUGCCUCUCUGCAAGAUCUGCGGGUCGACUGGCCGAUCGUGACCCCCGACGGUCGAUGGCUCUUUCAGCGUCCCAUAGGCGAGAUGGCGAGAAAGAUUAAUCGGGAGCAGUGGGAGGAGACCGAGGACGACGAGAACAACGCAACAGAUUCGGACAAAGAAGGCAAGAAUUCCGGUGCUGAUGGUGAUGCACCUGCAGCUACCGGUCCGACCGACCCUGAUCCGGAGCUCGACGACCCAGCAUACACCAAGAAGCACAGGUUCCGCAUCUCGCCUGUCCGUAAGUUGAUCAACCCCCUAUAUAAGGCUAUUGCACGUGCCAUAGCGCAGAUGCCGGCGCUUUCGGACUUUGAAUGCCGACCCCCCAACCAGUGGCCAGCGAACGGGGUCGGUUUCAUUACUGACUUUCAUACUGGCGGCGGGAGUUUGUGGUUUUUCGGGAAUGGGUGGUAUGAAGAUAAUGACGACGACGAGGGGGAGCCGAUUGAUAUGGGAGAACCGCUGGUGGACGAGGAGGUGGUGCAAUUCUUCACCGAGGUGCUGUCCGAGAAGGAGCCAAAGGGCGAGGUAAAUGUCACCAUCAGCUAG